AUGCUUGAUUCAACUCGCAACCACUUUCAGAUGUCCCCUCGUUCCUCUGGCCAAGAUCUGUAUUCUGCUUUGAUGGAACGACUAGGUGUGCUAGAAGCGGAUUACUUUGAUUUGGAGUACGUCAAUAAAGAUGGCAACCUUUGUUGGCUGGAUCACCUGAAGCCGCUUUGUAAACAACACAAUGCCGAGAAGGAGUUCAUUUUCGGCUUCUGCGUGAAGUUUUACGCGCCCCAUCCAAACCUACUUGAGGAUGAAUACACAAGGUACCUCUUUGCUCUGCAAAUAAAGCGCGAUCUCUUCCGGGGCCACCUGCAGUGCAGCGAGAACACUGCUGCCCUCCUGGCUGCUUUCAUUGUCCAGGCUGAAAUUGGUGACUUUCUGGAGGACGCGUUCCUCGAUCACUCGUACCUCGUCGGUCUGCGGCUUGUUCCCACAGCAACACCGGAAUUCCUUGACAAAGUAAUGGAGUGCCAUCGCAGCCUGAUCGGGCAAACACCAACAGAAGCUGACUCGAGUUUGUUGGACACCGCAAGGAAGGUUGAGAUGUACGGGAUCCGGCUCAAACCCGUUAAGCAGAAUUUGUGUGACAGCUCACCAUCAGCCAUCAGCAACAAGAAUUCUUCAACUUUCCAAAAACUGGGCUUCUUGAGCUCCUGUCAGGGAAGUGUCGCCAAGGUCAACACCUUCUCGUGGGCGCGAAUACGAAAACUCAGCUUCAAGCGGAAGAAGUUCCUGAUCAAACUCCAUCCUGAAGGCUACGACGCGGUGGAGUUCUGCUUUGAGUCGCGGAACGAGUGCAAGAGCUUCUGGAAGCAGUGCAUCGAGCACCACGCCUUCUUCCGAUGUCAGACUGCCAAAUCAUCCAGCAAAUGCAAGACUUCCAAGGGUGCUGCUCACAGUUCCGCAUCAACAGGACGCGUCCGUAACGCAACAACAGUGCCCUCGCAUCGGUCGCCAUGCGGGACCGCCGUCUAUUCGGCCAACCCCUCCCAGCAGAGUAUUCUCUCGGCCGGAUCGAUAACCUGCGACUCAAACCACCACCACCACCUGCAGGCAUUGUCGGCGCGCAGUCUGCCCGUGGCGGGGGCACUGGACGAGCCCCCACCUGCGCCGCUCCCCGCCUCCUACGUCCAACUCCCCACGGGGGGCUCCCUCCGGUGCCCCCAGCGAGUGAUGCUGGUGAUGCAACGGCGGCCAGACGGAUCGAUUGGCGGAACCAUGGCGACGGCCGCCCCAGCUCCGCCUACUGGAAGCUUCCUAGUCAUGCUGCCCACCACGAGCUCAGACCAGCACCAACAACAGCAGACGGCUUGGCUCUCGGCUAUUCAACAGCAAAAACGCGCGUUUUCACCGGUUAACGGUAAAGAUCCUGGCUACUCGACACUCCAGACGUCUGUAAUGAUGGCAGCCCCGGCUUCACGCAACGGCACCCCAUUGGGCAUAACUGAUGCUGGCAGUCUGUACUCACGAACGCUUGGUCACCUGCCAACUGCCAGGGUUGUUUCGCCCAACAUUCUGACGGCCUCGCAGACUGGUCUUUCGACAGCUUGCACUGUGAUUCCUUCCGCUCAACGACCCAUUUCUGGAAGGGUCGUGUACGUUGACAGCGCCACCGGAAGGUUGGUGGCAGUUCCGAGGCCCACAAACGUCGCUGGCGGCGGAUUCAGCUCGGCGCCGCCUUCCCAGACCCCAACGGUGGCCACGUCCCCUGUUGGUGGACCAUGCGGAGCUGCUGUGCCAGGCGAGGGUGUUAGCAACUCCUCCCAGGACACCGCAUCCACCAGCACCACAAACGUCCCUCUCCUCGUUCGAUCCCGACCUCAUGGGCCACCGCCUCCCGCUCCUGAGGUAAUUCUGCGUUGUCAUCUCUCUUCAUUUUUCCGCUUAAACUCCCACCUAGUGAGCACUCUGGACUCUGGGGUGACGUCGAAGUCGGCGUCGCUUUCGCGUCCGUCUGGCGAUUUGGCCAAAAUUGGAAACGACGACGCCAACGCCGGAAGGGACUUCACACUGCCUCCCACACCGCCGCUGCCCGAGCCUAAUCCCGCCCACCCCUAUCCCUUCAACAUCAUACCCGCCGAGACCGACCUGGCGUGUCGUCGGUCGUUGCAGGCGUCGUGUCUGAGUCUGGCUGCGCGAAGCACGCAUUGGAGUUGCCAGAGCCUUGUUCCCACCGACGAUGAGACUGCAGAGGAGACGCGUCGUGAAGUGUAUCGUCACCCCUCGCCAACCUCCCGCAGUGCCAGCCUCCAUCGACCUGUUGUCAAGACCGAUCGAUCGGACGACGCCGCCAACACAACCCAGGACGACAUGGUGACGCUUGUCAACAAAGGCGCCUCUUCACCGUCGUCCUCACGCUGCCAGUCAGCCGUCGACCAAAGCUUGCUAACAUCCUCCUCGCCCUUGUCUAAGUCCCGGAAAGACGAUCGGUCAUCACGCUCCUCUCGAAGGAGUUCGGUGUCCGGGAGUUCACGGAGCUUGCCCAAGGCUCCAGCCAGCGUUGCGUUCCAUCUGCUUCGGGAGCUGACGAUGACAGAGCGGACCUACAAGAAGGACCUCGACGUCGUCACCGAGGGUUUCAGCGAAGCCAUAGCCGACGAGCGCAAGGACUCGCCAGCAGUGGAAACCAUCCUCUCAAAGCUCUUCUCGCUUCUCGGCGCCGUUCGAGCGCAGGCUGUCGACUUCCUGCAAGAUCUGGAAUCGCGCUUCGCAACUUGGUCCACACGUCUAGAGGGGGCUUUGAAGAACGGUCGACACACCUCAGCGUCGGGAAGAUCCGUGUCCCACGGAAGCGACAUCAACCAUCUCGAUGCCGACUCUGCGGCGCCGAUUCGCGUGGGCGAUCUGUUUGUCACCAACCUCAAAAUGCUCCAGCUCUAUCGGUCCUAUCUCACGGAGACUGAGAGUCUGAUUCUGGACCUUGAACGUCUGGUGCGAACGCGGGUGUCGUUUGAGCGCAAGAUUCAGUCCUUUGAGAGUGAAAAGUCUUGCUACCUGCCCUUCUACGCCUUCCUCCUGAAGCCCAUGCAUCGACUGCUCCAGUACCGCUCUGUGUUGGAGCGGUUGAUGCGCCACUACAGCGAGUCCAACGCCGACAUGCAGGACUGCAGGGUGCAAGUCCAAAAUCCACUCUCCCAAAACGUGCUCCGAAUUUCGUGGGCAGGUGUUUUGCAGCUGCGCCUGCAGCAACACCCCUACGUCCAGACUCCAUGCGUGUUAAUAUGCUACAAACGCUGUGAGAACCUCUACAAGUGUCUGGAGGUGGAGCGUGAUCUCGUGGGACUCCAGCCAAUUGGAGCGUCCGGCGGGACAGACGAAAUGGGCCCGUGGCUUGCCAAACCCUCGCGUCAAUUCAUCCGCGAAGGCCUCCUACAGAAGCUCUCCAAAAAAGGCUACCAACAGCGCAUGUUCUUCCUCUUCUCUGACCAGUUAAUCUAUGCAAGCAGAACGAACGCGCCGUACCUGCAGUUUAAGGUGCACGGCCAGUUCCCCCUGCAAGACCUCAUGGUGGAGGAGGCGGAGACGGCGUUGAGUUUCACCGUCUACUCGGGCAACCGAUGCUUCGUGGUCGCCGCGCCGACGGAGUGGCAACGCGAUCGCUGGCUGGAGGACAUCUCGCGCGCCAUCCUCGCCGCCAAGACCACCACCGCGUCCGCCCCCAACCACCACCGCCUCCUCGGCCAGUCCCUCGGACUCGAACAGCUGGCCACGGCGUCGGAUGACACAGUCGACGACGACGCCAAAUCGGAGCGAUCAGGCAAGUCCACGCCAAAUCCACGCGCCCAUUUCGCUUCACUUGUAAUUCAACUGAAGACGCCUAGCGUUGCACAAAUGCAGGGGGACAUCAGCGCACGACGUGUACCACCUACAUUCCAUCUGACCUUUGAUCCCGCUGCCUUGUUGAAUUGCCUUCAGUACAGCAGUGGAGUCGCGAGUACGGACACCGGAAAGGUGCUUCAUCGGGCCACAACGAGUGUCCACGUGUGCUGGCAUCGCAGUUCCACAUUCUCCAUGUCUGACAUUCUCCGAGCCAAUGAGGUUGGUGUUUUGCCUGCUCUCAACAACGGCUGGCAGAAGCUCUGGGUGGUCUUCACUCAGCUCUGCAUGUUUUUCCACAAGAGUUAUCAGGACACCUUCCCAUUGGCUAGCCUCCCUCUCCUAGGCUACACCAUCACUACGCCCAGUCCUGAGGACAACAUUCGCAAGGAGUUUGUCUUCAAGCUGCAGUUCAAAAAUCACGUCUACUUUUUCCGCGACGACAGCCAAACGUCCUUUGAGCGGUGGUUUGACUGUUUGAGCAGUGCUGCGGGAACGAGCUCAAGACAGCGUGUGGUGAACACACGCUCCACAGCAAACAGCACCGCCGCAAACACCGUCACCACCACGACUGCAGAAAACAAGUGA